CCCGCGGCACCGAGGGUGCGGUCUGCGCCGCGGCCGUGCGGAGGGAGGCGCUUUCGGCCCCGGCCGCGCCCUCUGCGGGCCCUUCGGAUCCGCCCGCCCCGUCCACGCGGGGUCUCCGGUCCUACGGCCGCCAGCAUGGGCGCCCGUCCUCUCUCGCCGCGGUCGCCGCUGCUGCUGGUGCUGCUGUCCCUGCCGCCGCUGCUGUCAGUGGCCAGUGCCUCAGAGGCUGAGCACCGUCUGUUUGAGCGGCUGUUUGAAGAUUACAAUGAGAUCAUCCGGCCUGUGGCUAAUGUGUCUGACCCAGUCAUCAUCCACUUUGAGGUGUCCAUGUCUCAGCUGGUGAAGGUGGAUGAAGUAAACCAGAUCAUGGAGACCAACCUGUGGCUCAAGCAAGGGUUUGGGGUCGCAGGCACUUCUCUACAGUUCUCCUGGAAGGACUACAAGGCCUACUCCCUCCAGUCAGAAAUGGACAGACUUCAACCUGGAUACAGAUGCUCCUCCAUGAUCUGGAAUGACUACAAGCUGAAGUGGAACCCCUCUGACUACGACGGGGCUGAGUUCAUGCGUGUUCCUGCACAGAAGAUCUGGAAGCCAGAUAUUGUGCUGUACAACAACGCUGUUGGGGAUUUCCAGGUGGAUGACAAGACCAAAGCCUUACUCAAGUACACAGGAGAAGUGACUUGGAUGCCUCCGGCCAUCUUUAAGAGCUCGUGCAAAAUUGACGUGACCUACUUCCCAUUUGAUUACCAAAACUGCACCAUGAAGUUCGGUUCCUGGUCCUACGACAAGGCAAAAAUCGACCUGGUCCUGAUUGGCUCCUCCAUGAACCUGAAGGACUACUGGGAGAGCGGCGAGUGGACCAUCAUCAAAGCCCCAGGCUACAAGCACGACAUCAAGUACAACUGCUGUGAGGAGAUCUACCCCGACAUCACGUACUCACUGUACAUCCGGCGCCUGCCCUUGUUCUACACCAUCAACCUCAUCAUCCCCUGCCUGCUCAUCUCCUUCCUCACUGUGCUUGUGUUCUACCUGCCCUCCGACUGCGGCGAGAAGGUGACCCUCUGCAUCUCCGUCCUCCUCUCCUUGACCGUGUUCCUCUUGGUAAUCACCGAGACCAUCCCCUCUACCUCACUGGUCAUCCCCCUGAUUGGAGAGUACCUCCUGUUCACCAUGAUUUUUGUGACCUUGUCCAUCAUCAUCACAGUCUUCGUGCUCAACGUGCACUACAGAACCCCGACCACGCACACGAUGCCCACGUGGGUGAAGACUGUGUUCCUGAACUUGCUCCCCAGGAUCAUGUUCAUGACCAGGCCAGCGAGCAACAAGGGAAGCACUCCGAAGCCCAGAGCCCUCUAUGGCGCUGAGCUCUCGAAUCUGAAUUGCUUCAGCCAUGCAGAGUCCAAACGCUGCAAGGAAGGCUACCCCUGCCAGGAUGGGAUGUGCGGUUACUGCCACCACCGCAGGAUCAAAAUCUCCAAUUUUAGCGCCAACCUCACAAGAAGUGCCAGUUCUGAAUCUGUCGACGCUGUGUUGUCCCUCUCUGCUUUGUCGCCAGAAAUCAAAGAAGCUAUCCAAAGUGUCAAGUAUAUUGCUGAAAAUAUGAAAGCACAGAAUGAAGCCAAAGAGAUUCAAAAUGAUUGGAAGUAUGUUGCCAUGGUGAUUGACCGCAUUUUCCUGUGGGUUUUCAUCCUGGUGUGCAUUUUGGGGACGGCAGGAUUGUUUCUGCAACCCUUGAUGGCGAGGGACGACGCGUAGCUGCUGGUCUGCACGUGGGCAGCAGGGCUGGGGAGCCGCUGUUUCUCACUGGUGACAUACUUUCUAUUAUCGAGCUUCCAGCUUUGUCUUUUUGGCAUUUCAAGCUUCACUUAUUUUCCAAUUUUCUUGAUAUUUGUAAAAAAAAAAAUCAUGCAAGAAAUAUAUCAAGAGUAUUUAUUGUGGGUAAAUGAACUUUUAACUAGCUUUUUUGGUAAGGUUAAAAAAGACAAAAUACAAUUCCUCUGCAGUGAUAAGUAAUACACUGAACACAUAAAAAUCUUCCCUUUUUUAGUUGUUGAGAAAUAACGAUAGAAAAACUUGCUGUUCAGAAAUGUAA